AUGGAAGUGGAUGAAAAUGAUACAUUAGAGAAUCAAACACCGAAAAAAGAUGAUGGGACUGCUCCGUGGAUAGCAUCGUUACCAAAGAAUAAUGUGGGAGAUGUGCGCGACAUAUCUAAUCAGGCGUUCUGGACGUUAUCCAGUUGUAAAACGGAUGGUUUUGGUAUCCAGCAGCUAUUAGAUGAAGAUUUGGAACAGUACUGGCAGUCGGAUGGACCACAGCCGCAUACGGUGACAAUUGAGUUUAGCAGAAAAACAAAUAUUUCGUAUUUGUUAUUAUAUUUGGAUUACAAAACCGAUGAAUCGUAUACACCUAGCAAAGUAGUUGUACGUCUUGGUUCAUCAGUUCUGGAUGUAGAUGAAGGUUUAACAGUUGUGUUUUCCGAACCAGUGGGUUGGCAGGUUAUCGAUUUACGCGAUGCUGAUGGGGGCCCAUCUCGUGCUUUUGUCUUACAGUUGCAAGUUGUACAAAACCAUCAGAAUGGCCGUGAUACUCAUAUAAGGCAAAUGCGAAUAAUUGGACCAACUCGAGCACGAUUGGACACUGGUAUAAAGACAAUGAUUAAUGCUGGAACAAAUAUAAGCAAUGUCCCACUAAAGUUUACUUCUCAGACAAUCGCUCAGUUUGCUAAUAUCCGUUAA